CCCGUACAUCUUGAUUUCUUCUUUCAUCUUAUUCACGUAAGGUUGUCUUCCUUCAAAUAUCGCCUCGUUUCGACUCCUCCAAAUAACCCAUAUCUAAUAUAUUGUGACAUCAAUUCUCUUUAUUUGUUUUCUUUCACUUUUUUAGUCAGAUCACUUUACAGAUCAACUCAUCAGAUUCAACCUUCAACCUUCAAACUUCAAUUUUUCAAAAUUGAUGCAAAUCAUCUCGUGAAUUUCAAAAUCAGCACUCGAUUCAACACAUAUAUUCAGUUUUCAACGAUUUCUAUCGACAAUUGAAGCUGUUAUGCUGCAACAGUGAGUACUAAUUCCGAUCAAACUCAGAAUAUUCCGGCACCACCUCCGCCGCUGCACCACGGCGGUCCGAUUUCCACUUUGGUAACUCCGAUUCGUUGUUUCUAUUUCUCAAUUGUUCAGAAGCUAGAGGUGAAUUUGAGAUCGAUAAGAAUUAGGAGUUAGGGUUUCUGGUUGUUCGGUUAGGGUUUGACGGCUUCAAAAGCAGAAUAUUCCGGCACCACGUCCGCCGCACCACCGUCGUAUACGGCGGUCCGAUUUCCGCUUCGUUGUUUUGAAGUUAGGAGGUGGAUUUGACUAUAGCUGUUUUGAAGUUAGGAGGUGGAUUUGACUAGAGGCUAGGGUUUCUGGUUGUUUGGGUUAGGGUUUGAUGGGUUCAAAGCCUUGGCUACAACCUGCUCCGAGUUAUCAGCCGUUAGAGACGUAUUGGGACACUGAAGAGGAUGCUCCUGGCCCUAGGUGUGCGCACACGCUGACCGCGAUUGCUCCGACUAAGUCUCACGGACCGAGACUGAUUUUAUUCGGUGGCGCCACCGCGAUAGAAGGUGGCGCCUCGUCACCAAUCCCCGGCAUCAGGUUGGCUGGUGUGACAAACUCUGUUCAUUCAUAUGAUGUUUUGACCAGGAAAUGGACCAGAAUUCGACCGGCUGGAGAACCGCCUUCCCCCAGAGCUGCUCAUGCAGCUGCUGUUGUUGGAACCAUGGUCGUAUUUCAGGGCGGAAUAGGUCCUGCCGGGCAUUCAACGGAUGAUCUUUACGUUCUUGACAUGAGUAAUGACAAAUAUAAAUGGCAUCGACUUGUUGUUCAGGGGGACGGGCCGGGCCCACGAUAUGGCCAUGUCAUGGACUUGGUUGCCCAACGCUACCUUGUUACUGUUAGCGGCAAUGACGGAAAGAAAGUACUUUCAGAUGCUUGGGCUUUGGAUACUGCUCAAAAACCAUACGCAUGGCAGAGGUUAAAUCCAGAUGGUGACAAACCUUCUGCUAGAAUGUAUGCAACAGCUAGUGCACGCUCGGAUGGUAUGUUUUUGCUAUGCGGUGGAAGAGACACUUCUGGCACGCCAUUAGCAGAUGCUUAUGGAUUGCUCAUGCAUAGGAAUGGCCAAUGGGAAUGGACUCUUGCACCUGGAGUUGCCCCUUCAUCAAGGUACCAACAUGCCUCGGUCUUUGUUGGGGCCCGAUUGCAUGUUACAGGAGGUGUUGUGAGGGGAGGACGGGCAGUAGACGGUGAAGCCGCUGUUGCAGUUUUGGACACUGCUGCCGGUGUUUGGUUGGAUAGACAUGGGUUAGUAACAGCACCACGUGUCAGCAAAGGGCAAACAGAAGAACCUUCGUUAGAACUCAUGCGUCGCUGUCGGCAUGCUGCUGCGUCUGUUGGUGUUCGGUUAUAUGUCUAUGGCGGCCUUAGGGGCGAGGUAUUGUUAGGUGAUUUCCUUGUUGCUGAGAAUUCACCUUUUCAAUCUGAUGUCAAUACUCCCACACUACCAACGGAGAGGGGAUCCAAUGUGAGCAGUCCCAGGACAAGUAAUUUGGACUCAUUUGAUCCCGUAUCUUCAAAUGACGGACCUCAAAGUCCCUCAUCUAUGGGCUUAAGCAGCAUGGACAAAGAAUCAAUGGAGAGGCUGGUUGAAGCUUCUGCUGCUGAAGCUGAGGCUGCAAAUGCUGUCUGGCAAGCUGCACAGGCACAGGCUGCUAAUGCUGAGCCGUCUGUAGCAGAUGAUGACUCAAAACCUGCAGAUAGCAAUUCAGAAGGCAGUGAUGAAGAGGGAGAUGUUCGACUUCAUCCAAGAGCUGUUGUGGUUGCUAAAGAGGCUGUAGGUAACCUUGGUGGGUUGGUAAGACAGCUGUCAUUAGAUCAGUUUGAAAAUGAGAGUCGACGGAUGAUUCCUUUGCAAAAUGACAUGUCAUAUUCUGCUAAAAAGUUCACAAGGCAAAAGUCACCAGAAGGCUUGCACAAGAAGGUCAUAUCUACUUUACUUAGGCCUCGAAACUGGAAACCUCCUGCAAACAGGAGGUUUUUCCUUGAUUCUUAUGAGGUUGGAGAGCUUUGCUAUGCUGCUGAACAGAUAUUUUUGCACGAGCCUACAGUGCUUCAGCUAAAAGCUCCUAUUAAAGUGUUUGGUGAUCUACAUGGUCAAUUUGGUGAUUUGAUGAGGUUGUUUGACGAAUAUGGAUAUCCUUCCACUGCUGGAGACAUAACGUAUAUUGACUAUUUAUUCCUUGGAGAUUAUGUGGACCGAGGGCAACAUAGUUUGGAGACCAUCACUCUGCUCCUUGCUCUAAAGAUUCAGUAUCCCGAGAGUGUCCACUUGAUACGUGGAAAUCAUGAGGCUGCUGAUAUAAACGCGCUCUUCGGUUUUCGUCUUGAAUGCAUUGAAAGAAUGGGAGAGAAUGACGGGAUCUGGGCAUGGACUCGGUUCAAUCAACUGUUCAACCAUCUUCCACUUGCAGCACUUAUCGAAAAAAAGAUUAUAUGCAUGCAUGGUGGCAUAGGGAGAUCAAUACAUUUAGUUGAACAAAUAGAGAAAAUAGAACGACCCAUAACCAUGGAUGCUGGAUCCCUCGUGUUAAUGGAUUUGCUAUGGUCUGAUCCAACAGAAAAUGACAGCGUCGAAGGUUUGAGACCAAAUGCUAGGGGACCCGGUCUUGUUACGUUUGGGCCUGACAGGGUUUCAGAUUUUUGUAAAAAGAAUAAGCUUCAGCUUAUUAUAAGAGCACAUGAAUGUGUAAUGGACGGGUUUGAAAGAUUUGCCCAGGGACAAUUAAUCACCCUUUUUUCCGCAACCAAUUACUGCGGGACCGCUAACAAUGCCGGUGCUAUAUUAGUGAUCGGUCGAGGAUUAAUGAUCGUUCCAAAACUAAUUCAUCCAUUGCCGCCACCACUUCAAUCACCAGAAAUGUCUCCGGAACGUCUACAAGAUGACACCUGGAUGCAGGAACUUAAUACUCAAAGACCACCGACUCCAACACGGGGCCGUCCACAAGAUCAUGAUAGGAAUUCACUUGCAUAUAUAUGAUUAUGUGACUGACCGAUGACCCGUACGCAGCAGCAUUUUUGCAGUAAUUGGUAUGCUGGAAAUCUACAAAUGGAUUACAUAUUGUUUUUGUACCUCUAUAGAUAAUGGUAAUAAUAAUAACUAUAAAUGAGUGUUUGUAGCUUUAUUUAAAGGGGGGGUUUGUUAUUUGAUUUAUUGUCAUGUAUUUUGUUUAUAUAUGUAUCUGUAAAUUCUGGCCACACCUCUGAUGGUGUAACAAUAGUGAGUGAGUUUAGACUUAUUUGCA